AUGUAAAAUCAAGAGCAUCUAAUUAGAGAAAUUUAUCUAAAAGAUAAAUCUAAUUUUUUCCUUAGAUAAAAAUGGGAAUAAGUUUUUGAUACUAUAUUACCAUUACAAAAAACAACUUUAAUAAUUGAUACACUAUAGGAAAUCGAAACAUUAAAAAUUAUAAAAGCAUAAUUAUCUAAACAUCAUAAUGUGAUAACUAUGAUAUCAGAUACAAGUGAAACUAACUAUAAUUGGUGUAAUAUGGUUAACUAAAACUUUGAGGUUAUUGUUGCUGAUCUUAGAGCGGAGACUAAAUUGAACUCAUAUUAAUAUAUUUGCAUAAAAUGGGUAUUAAUUUAGUAUUUAUUUUAGUUAUUAACAAUUAAUACAAAAUUAGUGAUAUUAUCAAAUGACUUAAUAUAUGAACAUUUAGUAAAUUAAUUUAAUAUCGAUUACAAUAACAUUAUUGAAAUUCCUUAUUUGCAUACUUAAUAUGAUGAAUAGUUUAUAAGUGUACCUCACGAUUAAAAAUUGACAUAUGUAUUAUAAUAGAUUAAAAACUCAAAUCCAGAAAUUGAUCGAGACGUAUUGAUUUAUUGUGAAUCAUUAUAUUAAAUGGAUUAAAUAUUCCAAGCUAUUUAUUUUCAUAAAUAAUUAUCUCUAUCCGAAGAGUAUGAUGUGAUCUAAAUUAUACCAUUUUAAUCGUAUUAUGAAUAAUUUGGAUAAUAAUUGACUGAAAUGGUAUAUCCAUAAUAGAAAGGAAAAAGAAAAGUAUUUUUAACCUUAAAUUAUUAAUAACUAAGAAGAUAUUUAUAAAAUUUAUAACACAAGAUAUCUUUAAUUAUUCAUAUGGGAUAUCAAACAACAGUAAAAACAUUUUUAAAAGAAAUCAAUGCCAUUGUUUAUAAGUAGAAUAAUCUUAGCAGAGAUGACAUAAUCAUUCGUAAUAGGAUAAAUUAUUAUCCAAAAAUAAUUUAUUUAUUUGGAUUUGAUGAAUUUACAGAUUUGCAGGAACAUAAACUGAUUUUUGAUGAAGAAUUUACUUUUAAUCCAGAAAAUUAAAAAUUUUAUGCUUCAUAAUUUAAUGUUGAACUUGAUUAAUUAAGAGACAUAACAUUAUCAGAAUAUAACUCAUUAUAAAAUUAUAUUCCAUUAAUUUAUUAUGAGCCAUUGUUAGAUGCAGAAGAUGAAACUUUUCAUUAUUAUAGUAUUGUUGUAUCUACACUUUUGACAGAUGGAGAAAUACUAUCAGAAGGUAAUAUUGAAAGUAAAAAGAAUCCAUUUAAGAGUUUCUAAAUUCAUUAAUAAAGAGAAUCAAUUAUUAGAUCUAAUCAUUAUUGGUCAAAAAUGGGAGAUAUUACUUCGUGGAUUUAAUUAAUAAAUAAAUUUAUUAUUUUUAUUGAAGAAAUCAAUUCUAAAGAGGAUGAAAAAGAAUAAGAAAAUUCUAAAAAUGAAUUAAUAAAAUGGUGUAGAUUACAAAAUAUAAAUAUUCCUAAAAUGAUAUUGAUUUUAGCUUAUAAUGAAUACAUAAUUGAUUUAACCUAAAAAUAUGUAUAAAUUUAAUAUUAUUUAGGUAUCUGAGUAUUCAGUGAUUAGUAAAUGCUGUUCUUUAGAUUAAUUAAAAUUAAAUAGAACAGUGUCUCUUAAAAAAUAGUAAUCAAUGCCAGAACAUUCUGAAGACAUCUAAGCAUAUUUAUUAAGAUUAUUCUAUAAAGGUUUAUGCAUAUUUAGUGGACAUAAGAGUGCUGGUUAUUAUAAUUAUGUUACCAACUAAAAAGUUUAAUUAAGCUAUAAUAAUUUAAUGGCUUUAAUUGGAGACUUUCCUCUAACUUGUAUAAUUAUGGCAUUAUUUUAAAGUAAUUAAAAAUAUUAUAUUAAAUAUUCUACAAAAAUAGAUGAUAUAAUGAUACCUUAAUUGGCUCCUAAAGAUUUUGUAAAAUAAUACAAACUCUAAUUUAUAUAACGUUAAUCGUUGCAUUUGAAUGAAAUAACUUUUAAUGGAAUCUCUCAAGUUCUAUUUAAUGAAUUAUGGAAAAAUCAGUCAGGUCCAUAAUUAUCUUAGGAUUGUAUCUUACAACCUAACAUUGAAAUGAAUUGUAUAACAAUUCUAUAUGAUUCGAAUAAUGCAUCAAAGGACAACAUCGAAUAAGAAAUGAAUACAAAAAUUAAAGAAUUGUAAAAUUUUUUCAGAAAUUAAGUAAAAGAAUUACCUUAUGAAAAUGAUUCCAAAUUUAUAAUGCAAGCGUAAAAAUUUAUAAACAAUAUUUUAGUGGUGGAAGUAUGAAGGAUUGGAUUGAAAAAAAUGGUUUUAAAACUUUUUAUAUAGAAGGUUUACCUUUGGAUAUAACUUAAGAGUUGUUAGAAGAAUUCUUAAAUGAAGUACGCCUAUAAGAGACAAAAUUCUAUAAGUAAGGAGAUAAAAUUACAGCAAGAAUUUCACUUUAUGAUCAUGAUGAUUUACUUUAUUGUUUGGAAAACAUUAAAGAAUACAAAAAUUAUGAAUUAAAAGUUUAUACUUAAUACGAUUAGUUUGAACAUAAUGAAGAAAAAUUAAAUUUUAAUGAACAUUUCAAAAUAAUGAUCACCUGGAAUUUACAUUUAAAUAAAGGCACUGCUAAGGUUAAUCUCAAUUCUCCGUUUUAAUUUACUUCUGGAGAUUUUGAAAGGAUUCAACAUUUAACAUACAAAAUGAAUCUUAAAAGUGUUUAUGAAGAUGAGUAAUCAGUCUUAGCAGAUUUAUAAUAUAAUUAUAAAACUGUCAAUAUUAAAUCAAUUGAAAUUGAUAAAUAAUUAAGAUAUGAAAAAAAUGGAGAUCUAUAAUUAGAAAUAUAAAAAUUAUUAUCAAAUAUAUCUUAAGAUAAAUAUAAGAUUGAAUCUAUUACUAAAUAAAAUUGUAAGAGGAUAUUAUCCUUAAUAGUUUAUGAUAUUAAUUCUAUGGAAUAAUUUAAACUUUUAAACAAUCAGAUUCGUUAAUUUCGAGGUUUGAAGAUUUAAUUAAAAGUAAAGUCUUUUUAUUUUCAUGAUUAUGAAGGACCAAUUGAAAUGAAAUAAAUAGUUGAAGAAAUUUUUGAUGAAAAGAAAUUAUAAAUUGGAUAAUACACUAUUUAAAGUGAUGAUGAAUUAAAAAGAAUAAAAGUUACGAUUGAAUGUUGGAGCUUAAAAGAUCAUGAAUAAUUGAAGAGGGAGAUUUAAGAUGCUUUCAAUCCUAAAAUUAUAAAGCCUUCAUCAGAUUUUGAUACAACAUUGUUAUUUAGUUAAUCUGGAACCAGAUUCCUUAAAUUUUAAGAAAUGCGUUUAUAAAUUCUUAUAAAAUAAGAUUAUAUUAACAAUCAAUUAUUUGUAAAUAGUUCUUAAAAUAAAUACAAUUAUUUAAUAAAAGCAAUUAAAGAAUUCCUUUCUGAUUGUGCAAAAAUAGCAAUAUAAAUUCCAAAGAAUUGUAUUAGAUUAAUAAUGGGAAAUGAUUCUCAAGGAUUAAAUGAAAUAAAGAAAAAUUUUGAAUUGAAGAGUGUAAAAUUCAAUAGUAUUUCUGGUGAAUUAUAAUUAUUUGGAGACUAGAAGAAUCUUGAUGCAGCAGUUAUUUCAAUUAGUGAAAUUAUAUUUUCAUAAUAAUAGUAAGAUAAAACAAUUAAUGCUUUGACUUGUAAUUAUUGUUUCGAUAAUAUGAAAAAUGGAUAUUUGCUAUAAGGUUGUGGACACAAAUUUUGUCUAUAAUGUAUAAUGUUUAGUAUUCAGAAUUCUUUAGGAGAUAUGACUUAGUUACCUAUUAGAUGUCCAUAAUGCAAUUAAGGUAUACUUUUAGCAGAUUUACACAUUUUAUUAGAUGAGCCUAGUUGGGAAAAACUAAUAAAAUUAUCUAUAAAUAAAUGUAAUUUAAAAAAAAUAUUGUUAGAUGUGCAAGAUCAUGCAGCCUCGAUAGCUUUUUGUUUAACUCCUAAUUGUCCAAUAAUCCAUUAAUAAAAAAUUCCAAUAUAUACAUGUAUCAAAUGUUAGAAAUAGUAUUGCAAUCCAUGUAGAGUAUAUAUAUCAAUUUUUAUUUUAUCAGAUAGCAUACCAUUAUGGUUAAACAUGUAGAGAGUUCAAAGCUGGAAAUGAAGAUUCUAUUAACAUUUAUAUGAAAAAGAAUGAUGUAAGGAGAUGUCCUUAUUGUAAAAUUUUGAUAUAAAGAAUUGAUGGGUGUUACAGAGUUACAUGUACAGGUUGUAAAAAAAGUAUUUGCUGGAAGAAUAAACCAGAUGGUACACCAUGUAUGGCAAUUUAUGAGUCAUCUUCAGAAUGUUAUUCACAUUUAACUAAAGAACAUGGUGGAUAUUGGUGA